AUGAGGAAGGUAUUUGACUGCGCUGCAAGAUUCAAGGGUACAUCACUCAACGAUAAUCUCCUGCAGGGCCCAGAUUUCACCAACAGCCUUGUGGGUGUGCUUACACGGUUCCGUCAGGAGACUGUUGCAUUGGUAGCUGACAUAGAGGCUAUGUUUCAUCAAGUGCGGGUGCCUCCGAGAGACAGCAAUGCCUUACGAUUCCUUUGGUGGCCAGAUCAUGACUUGUUGAAGGAUCCCACUGACUUUCAGAUGCGGGUUCACUUGUUUGGGGCCAUGUCGUCUCCCAGUUGUGCAGGGUUUGCCCUGAGGAAAACAGCCAAGGACUAUGGUGCUGUUUAUGGAGAGGUUGCUACCAGAGCAGUACAUGACAGCUUCUAUGUUGAUGACCUUCUGGUGUCGGUGAGCAACGCAGAAGCCGGCAUUAAUCUUGCCUGUCAGCUCAUCGGUCUGCUAAACAAGGGUGGAUUUAGACUCGGGAAAUGCAAUAACCGAGAGGUUCUGACAGCUAUUCCAGCUGAUGAAAGGGCACCGUCUGUGUUUGAUCUGGAUUUGGAUCACUUGCCCUAUGAACGUACUCUUGGCAUACACUGGAAUGCAGAAGCUGACACUUUUCAGUUCAUGACCACUCUGAAGGAUAGGCCUACUACCUGA